CUCUUCCUUGCUGCUCAGAAAUGUCUUCCCUUUCAGAAUAUGCCUUGCGCAUGUCUCGUCUGAGUGCCCGGCUAUUUGGUGAAGUCGCCAGGCCUACUGAUUCCAAGUCCAUGAAAGUGGUGAAACUGUUCAGUGAACAGCCUUUGGCCAAACGGAGGGAGACUUAUGACUGGUACCCAAAUCACAACACUUACUUUGCACUCAUGGGGACACUCCGUUUUCUUGGUCUCUACAGAGAUGAGCAUCAGGAUUUUAAGGAUGAGCAAAUGCGUCUAAAGAAGCUCCGUGGAAAGGGGAAACCAAGGAAAGGAGAAGGGAAAAGAGCAGCAAAAAAGAAAUAGUGUUGGCCCAUCAAGAGCGAAGAUGUCUUCAGUGGUGACAGAAGGAAGCAUAUUCGUUGUCUUUCCAUGUAAGGGAGGAAUGUGUUUCCCUAAAUGAAGGUUAUUUGAAGCACACCACCAUCUCCGUGUUCAAGACUAAUCCAGUUAAAUUGUGACUGGCCUCCUCAACAUAGUCUAACUACACAAAAGUAUUUUGGCCUUAGCUUUGUAACCGGAGGCUUACCUGGCUCUCUGAUGAAAUGAAUACAUAAAUUAUCGUUUAAAUGACUUGUGGGGGGGUGGGAUGGUGGGGGAGUGGAGAGGAUACCUAACUAAGAGAGUAUCCUGUAGUUUCCUCAUUAUUCCCUUCUUGCUUCCCCCCAGACUUCUCUCAUCUCUCAGGCCCUUCAGCCACUGUCUCCACCACCAAGCUCACAAACUUUCUGUGCCUCUCCACAUGCUCCUUUAAGAAGUCUAUAAGAUCUGUUUGUGGGAUCAAAGGCUGUACCUGAAAGAGAGCAUUGAAUACCUACUGUACAAAGUCCUGGGGCCCUGGUAAUAAAGCAGAAGGAACAAUCCCUACAUGUAA